CACGACGUGAAGCAUGGACGACCGCAAGCCGAGUGAGGCGGAUAUUGAAAACCCUGAGAAACACCGCACAACCAAUGUCGACGACACAUCCGACGUCGAUAUGGAUGAAGAGGAAGAUGACGGCGGUGAAGUUGAUGUUCGGGGAGUGCCCACAUGGCUCAAGUACGAGCGCCAGCCAGGUUGGCACAAGAUGUGGGAAUUCAUGCACAAGCUGGAAACGCCGUAUCGAGUGGGCACGAGGGAUAUGACGCAUAUUUGCCUCAUGUGCAUGGAUUCUAUCGCAAAGUCAGGCGGGUCAUGGAAGAAAGCCCUGAAGCUCGUGGGAACCACGACCAUUGGGAUGAAACAUAUUGAACGAAAGCAUCCCCACGUGAGCCAAGAAAUCGAGUUGGCGCGACUCGAAAAGAAGGCCAACAAAGCCAAGGGGCUCACCAAACGGGCAGCACUCUUGGCGUUGUCACAAAUUCCGGCAGAAGUCGAUCCUCCCAAGAAGAAGUUCAGAGUUCUCCCCAAGCCGCUCUGGAUACCUUCGGCGGAUGUGGACACCAACGCGGUCAAGUCAGAAAUCCAACAGAAAGUGCAGUCUAUUGCUUCGUCCAUGACCCAAUCGACCAAAGUCCAAUACAUUGUAAGUGCAUGGACCUUCCGUUUUGUUGGCCCUCAUCUUUGUGGUAGCUCUUGGUAGUGAUCGGAUGCCUGUUCAAGCAUGGGCUCAUCUCUGCGGGCGCCCGAAGCGCUUUGAAAAGCCAGGCCAUCAGUGAGCCCGAAGGGAUUCUGCUGGCUGCCGUGGAACUGCUCUUGGUGGUGCGUUCUUGAACACUUGCCAAUGGUUUUGACGCGAUGGGUGUCGGAGCAGGACUGGGACUUGGAUGAGUGUGUCGACACAUUCUUGCGAGUGAGCCACACCAUCUUGGGAGCUGAUGACGUCGAGUAGAAGCGCCCGUCGACCUGCUCUGCGACGUGUAUAGCAAUAGAAUUGUGGACGCACAGGCCAUCAUGGUUUGGACUUGAUCGGCACGAAAAGACACCAAGAAUUCAUGGCGAAACUUUAUCCGGAGUCAAAAGAUUCUAAAAAUGUAGGAUGAAAUUUUAUUCAUGUUAAUGGAAAUCCUGUAUCUUUUUAUAAGACACAGGAAAUGCUUCUGC